UGAGGAGCGCGCGCAUCAGGACAUCAAAAACGCUAAUAACAGAACAGGUGGAAUUUGCAGCGUUUCUACGAUUCUCUCUCAACUGGGAACAUGUUUUCCCACACCAUGUCUGUCAGAAUUUGCAAGGAAUGUCACCAAUGAAUAUCUGUCAAAAGAAUUGACUGACAACACCGCGAGUCUCUUCUUGUAGGAUCCUUGGCUACCAGCUUCACCUUUUGACUCCGUGUAGCCACCCGUCAACUGAAAGGACGAUACACUACUACCAUGCCCGCCGAAGUCAACGACCCUGAAAGCAUUUUGAGCUACCAGAGGCCAGAUGAGGAAGUGAUAGUGGACCAAGGAGGAACCAGCUCAGUCCUCAACAUCCACUAUGAGAAGGAGGAGCUAGAGGGUCACAGGACUCUGUUUUUGGGGGUGCGUAUGCCCAUGGGCAGACAGAGCCACCGCCACCACCGCCCCCACGGGUCACGCCACCGCAAGAAGGACAGGAGGGCAGAGAGCGCUACGCAGCAGGACGAGGAGGGAGAGGGGGCCUCAGCCUCUCAUGACACUCCGUCCCAGCGUGUCCAGUUCAUUCUGGGGACAGAGGAGGAUUCUGAACAUGUGGCCCACGAGCUCUUCACUGAGCUGGACGAGAUCUGUGUCAAAGAGGGCAAGGACGCAGAGUGGAAAGAAACUGCCAGGUGGUUGAAGUUUGAGGAGGACGUGGAGGAUGGUGGAGAGCGGUGGAGUAAGCCCUAUGUUGCCACGCUGUCCCUCCACAGCCUGUUUGAGCUGCGUAGCUGCCUCAUCAAUGGCAGCGUGCUGCUGGACAUGCAGGCCAACACCAUCGAGGAGAUUGCAGAUAUGGUGUUGGACCAGCAGGAGGCGUCCCAUGAGCUGGACGACAGUGUGAGGCUGAAGGUGAGGGAGGCCCUGCUGAAGAGACACCACCAUCAGAACGAGAAGAAGAGGUCAGGCCAUCACCAGCUCAUCCCUGACAUGGUGCGCUCCUUUGCCGACGCCGGACGCAAGCACUCUGAACCCCACAUGGACAAGAGUGGUCCAGCCGUCUCCCCCCAGCCUCCCCCCACCAACAUAGAGGUAAAAAAUGGAGCCAGCCAUGACAACAGCCAAGUGGACCUUAGCAAGGUGGACAUGCACUUCAUGAAGAAGAUUCCUAUAGGAGCCGAGGCCUCUAACGUCCUGGUGGGAGAGCUGGACUUCCUGGAGAGACCUGUGGUGGCCUUCGUACGCCUCUCCCCUGCCGUACUGCUCACUGGACUCACUGAGGUCCCCAUACCCACCAGGUUCAUGUUCAUCCUCCUGGGCCCAGACGGAAAGGCUCAGCAGUACCAUGAGAUUGGCCGCUCCAUGGCAACCAUCAUGACUGACGAGAUUUUCCAUGAUGUGGCAUACAAGGCUAAGGACCGCAGUGACCUGCUGGCUGGUAUAGAUGAGUUUCUGGAUCAGGUGACCGUUCUGCCCCCCGGGGAGUGGGACCCUUCCAUCCGCAUCGAGCCCCCCAAGAGUGUCCCCUCUCAGGAGAAGCGGAAAAUUCCGGGGGUGCCCAACGGUACAACCUGCCCUGUGGAAGAGGAGUUUCACGCAGAACAUCAUGGUCCUGAGCUCCAGAGAACAGGAAGAUUGUUUGGGGGUCUGAUCCUGGACAUUAAGCGGAAGGCUCCGUUCUAUCUGAGUGACUACAAGGAUGGGUUGAGUCUGCAGUGUGUUGCCUCCUUCCUCUUCCUCUACUGCGCCUGCAUGUCCCCAGUCAUCACCUUCGGAGGCCUGCUGGGGGAGGCUACUGAGGGACGCAUCAGUGCCAUUGAGUCUCUGCUGGGAGCAUCCAUGACAGGGGUGGCCUACUCUCUGUUUGCUGGUCAGCCUCUCACCAUCCUGGGUAGCACAGGCCCUGUCCUCGUCUUUGAGAAGAUCCUCUUCAAGUUCUGCAAGGACUAUGACCUGUCCUACCUGUCUCUGAGGACCUGUAUCGGCCUGUGGACAGCCUUCCUGUGUCUCAUCCUGGUGGCCACAGAUGCCAGCUCCCUGGUCUGCUACAUCACCCGCUUCACCGAGGAAGCCUUUGCUUCGCUUAUCUGCAUCAUCUUCAUCUACGAGGCUCUGGAGAAGCUCAUCCACCUGGGGGAACACUACCCCAUCAACACCCACAGCAACCUGGACAAGCUCACACUGGCAUACUGUCGGUGUGCAGAGCCUGAUAACCCCAGUAAUACAACCCUGGAGCUAUGGAGUCAGAAAAACAUCACUGCUUCUGCUGUGCCUUGGGCCAACCUUACUGUCAAGGAGUGCAUAGGUCUGCAGGGCCACUUUGUGGGUACAGCUUGUGGACACCAUGGCCCCUACACCCCUGACGUACUCUUCUGGUCGGCCAUCCUCUUCUUCGCCACUGUCUUCAUGUCAGCCUUCCUCAAAGAGUGUAAGACCAGCCGCUAUUUCCCCACCAGGGUGCGGUCCAUGAUCAGUGACUUUGCGGUCUUUAUCACCAUUGUAUUUAUGGUCAUGCUUGACUUCCUGAUUGGAAUCCCCUCGCAGAAGCUGCAGGUGCCCAGCAACUUUAAGCCCACCCGAGAUGACCGUGGUUGGUUGAUCAACCCGAUAGGUCGAAACCCGUGGUGGACGGUCCUGGCUGCCUCCAUCCCUGCUCUGCUCUGCACCAUCCUCAUCUUCAUGGACCAACAGAUCACCGCUGUCAUCAUCAACCGCAAGGAGCACAAACUACUGAAGGGCUGUGGCUAUCAUCUGGAUCUGCUGAUGGUGGGGGUGAUGCUGGCUGUGUGCUCCAUCAUGGGCCUGCCCUGGUUCGUGGCAGCCACCGUCCUCUCCAUCUCCCACGUCAACAGCCUGAAGCUGGAGUCAGAGAGCUCAGCCCCCGGGGAACAGCCCCGCUUCCUCGGCAUCAGAGAGCAGAGGCUCACAGGCCUGGUCAUCUUCCUACUGAUGGGCCUCUCUGUCUUCAUGACUGGGGCUCUGCAGUUCAUUCCCAUGCCCGUCCUGUAUGGAGUAUUUCUCUACAUGGGAGCCUCGUCUUUGAGGGGAAUACAGUUCUUUGACCGUCUAAAGCUGUUUGGUAUGCCAGCCAAGCACCAGCCAGACUUCAUCUACCUGAGACACGUUCCCCUGAGGAAGGUGCACCUGUUCACUAUCACCCAGCUCACCUGCCUGGCCCUGCUCUGGAUCAUCAAGACCUCCAAGGCAGCCAUCGUCUUCCCCAUGAUGGUGCUGGCUCUAGUGUUCAUCCGUAAGUUGUUGGACCUUUGCUUCACUAAGAGGGAGCUGAGUUACCUGGACGACAUAAUGCCUGAGAGCAAGAAGAAACAACUGCAUGACGCCUCCAAGAAUGUUGACGUUGAGCCGGAUGAGGAGAUUCUGGGUACAGCAGUAGAGGAUAAGACCUCAGUCCACAUCCCCAUGGAGAGCAGCAAGCUCCUGCAGUCCCCCAAAACACACGACCCCAGGUGUGACCCCUCUGACAUUAACAUAUCUGAUGAGAUGUCUAAAACCACCGUGUGGAAAUCCCUCAACGCCAACCAAAAGGACAGUCGCAUGGGGGCCACUAAGAAGGAUUGAAAUGGAAGGUCUGGAAUUUAUAGAUCAGUGAGAGAGUGGAACCUUAUGACUACAGAGGCUGUGACCUACACUUCAAUAAGCCAGACACAUAGGUCAUAGGGCAUUUCUAAUGCCCCCUUGUGUUUUGGCUCACACACAUCUUUAACCCAAACACCUCCUCUACAAUACUGGGACCCCAAGAGUCUCACCAGCCCCACUCCCACAUCUAACGGCUGCUCUCAUACAUCCACAUAACACACACAUGCACCCCUAACACACACACAUUCCCUCAAACAACAACAGCAACAACAACAACAAACAUGUUUCCUUCAGAACAGCCUUGCUGUGUCUAUGAGAAUGCUCCUUCAAACCCAAACCAGGAUAUUUUCUAAAUCACAGUGGCUCUACUAGUAUGUUAUCUUUACUUUAAAGAGUAUUUUUCUUUACUGUACCAUAAGUGUGUUUUUUAUAACCGUGGUGGUCUUGUCAAAUUAUUUUUUAAAUUCUAACGUAUAUUAUUGGAUCAAUAAUGUAGAGAUAUUUAACUUUGGACAUAAAAUCUGUGUCUGUACGAUGUGAGAAUAUUGCUAGAAGAGACCGUUCAACCAGUGACAUCAAUAAUUUGAUUAUGCGCUAUAAUAAUCUGUUACCUUUGUGGAUAUUUCUGUGUUGAAUAUAACUGUUCAGGUUAGAAGUACCUGUACAGAAUGUAUGUGAUCUUUUGUUCCUGUCCAUGUGUUUUACCUCAGUCAACCUCUUUGGAAUUAGGAACUCUUGUCAGGCAGUAUGGGUAGGACCUUAAGUUUUUCCAGAUCACGUGAUCUCGGGUUGUUCCUGAUCAGGUCACAUGGUCAGGAACAACUCACAGCGCCUAAGUAUGGGUAACACUGUAAAAGGUUAGAGGCCAGAGGGGAGUAGAAGUGGAGCCUAAAGCAGUACAUGACCACACCUAGAAAUUACUCCCAGAAAUGGCCAGAAUACACACCUUUUGACUGUGUGUGUGCGUUUCUGAGCAAGUUUAAUAUGUGGGAAUCCAUAAUUCAUGGGCAAAACCAAACACGCUGAAUAUGAGCAAUAAAUUAGCCCAAAUGAAUGGCCCUGUGCAGAAGAUCUACCUACCACUGAAUCUACCUACACUAAACACACUUGCUGGACCUGAUGGUAGAGGUUUCAAUGACCUCUCAGCGUUUUCAGGACAUUUAAUUUCAUUGAUAGACCUGUCCAUUUCUCCUCAAAAGUGCAUCCUUCCUCCUUCCUCCACUCCAUUCUGUUGACUACUGAUCUUAGAUCUGUAAUAAUGUAAAGGAAGGAAGGAAGGAUGUAUUUGUCAAAGUAUUUGAACAGGACCCUAAUCCAUUAAAUUGGGACCACAUCUCUUACUUUGAUGUGUGCUCUCUGCUCCGAGACUAGUGCCAGUUGGGAGGCGAGAAAACAUACUGCCACAGUAUUCCUCAAUAACAUACAAUUCAUUUGUAGUUGCACAUUGUAUAGAUACAGUAUAUAUAAUAUAUAUGUUUUAUUUUCAAGAAACUGAGUAAGAGAUUAUGUAUGACAAUAAUGUAUUACGAUGAUUGAUUUUAGAAUAUGAAUGUUAAAAACGGUCACUUUCUGUAUAUAGUGUAAUAAAUGGGACAAUGCGCUAACAGAAAGCCUAAUGAAUGCAUCACAAAAAGCAUCUAAAUACUAACGUAAUAAGAAGCACUCCAUUAGGAAUAUAUCCUCCCAGGUUUACAAGAUGUUUCCCGCCACUAAAUCCAACUGCCUACUACUGACAAACUUCAGGAAUGUGUCCAAUAUGAUGAUGAUUGUCAUUUUCAUGUGCCAAGGUGGCUUUAAGUACAGGCUACAUGCAGUAAUAAUACCCUUACAAAGAUCAUGAGAGAUACAGCAUCUUGCUUCAGAUAAAGCCAUGAUUGUUUGUCAAUAGUCAUCUUGACAUGAUCACCCAAUGGGUCCAAAUAGAUUACAUUCCUCUUUUUUCCAAACCUGAUGGAAAUACUAAUGGAUGGAAUGUAAGAAACAUUGUACUGAAGAGUAACUAGAAAACAUUGUAUUGUUUUGCUCCUGUGCGUUAUACCUCUCAACUUCCUUUUAAAUCAUCCAAUCAUUUUGUUUCUUUGUCCCAGACAACAGUAUGAAAUGUCUUUAAGAAUAAGUAAAAGUACAGUGUGACACAAACACAAUCAAAUAUGAGAAUUCAAACACUAUAAAACAGCCAAACUUGAAAUACACAAACCACAAAACAUACAGUGAAAGCUGAACAAACUGUUAGAGAAUGAAACCAAACUCAAAAUGUGAUUUAAAAGGCCCCAUGCAGUUAAAAACUAGAUUUUCCUGUGUUUUAUAUAUAUUUCCACACUAGGUUGGAAUAAUAUUGUGAAAUUGUGAAAAUGAUAAUAAUGCCCUUUUAGUGUAAGAGCUGUUUGAAAAUACUUUUUUGGUGGGAUGGAGUUUUAGCCUGCCGGCGGUAAAUUAUUCAAUAGACCAAUAAGAAAGAGAGUUCCAAACCUCUGACAAUAACAGCUAGUUUUCUGUUUUCCCCUCCCC